UAUCUCUCAGCGCGCACCCGUCCCUGACUUGGCGAACGUGAGAUCACUCCGUCGUCUGUCGAAAGAGAGAGAGGCAGUCCAAGUGCGCCGAAUAUGUCUCUAGCAAUGGCGGUUGCGUCGGCGACAGUGAUGUCGUCGGCGAGUAUGGUCACCCCAGCCAUGACCACAGUUUUCACUCCGGCGCCGACGACAUGUUUGCAGAAUCAAUUGACUAUGUUGGAGAACCAGGAUUAUGAGAUAUGGAUGAACUACCCUCUUCCCGUUCCAGGCACCACCUUCAGCGAUUGCUAUCCGACUCAAUUCAUGAGCAGCUUCCUUGCCUCCGCCUCGGGCACCACCGCCGCUCCAGCUUUCAGUCCUCUUGUUUGCCCAGCAGGUUACACUACCGUUGCUACGUCUUGGGUAGCUGCACCGGACUACAUUGCCUGUUGUCCAAGGUCAGUCUUUUGCCGCCACGGCUUCUAGUCGUAGCUGAUAUUGAGAUUCCCAGCUCGUACGGUUUAGCGCCGAAUGAUACCGCUCCCUCCACUCGACCUGCCUGGAAUGGAAAAUGCUAUACCAAUUUGAAUUCUGGGGCAACCCUUCAAAUGACGCUCUAUGGCACUUCAAGUCUCUCCAACACCAAUGCAUUCACGGUCAGCACAACCGGCAUGCAAGCAUAUGCAAUUCCGUAUGAGGGAAUUGCGGCAGCAAAAGUAGCACCUGUAUCGGUGCCGGCAACACCCACAAGUUCAAGUUCGGUGCCCCCAGCUACAUACACAGUUUUUGCGAACGCCAAUACCUUCAUUCCAAACACCGUAAAUGCACACAUUGAUGAUACCAUCAUAUUCGAGUUUCAAGGUGGAAACCACUCAGUAACUCAAUCUUCUUUCAAUGACCCCUGCGAACCGCUUCCACAGGGUAUAGACUCUGGAUAUAUGCCCAACCUCAACAACGUAGUCCCCUAUCCAUCAUACACGCUGCAUGUUUCUAGCACUGAUCCGCAAUGGUUCUAUUCCAGAGGCAAAGGCGACUGUGCUAAAGGGAUGACUUUCGGAUUAAACCCGAACUCCAGCGAGACAGAGGCCUCCUUCCAAGGGGCAGCUAUGUCUCAGAAGAACUCAUCAGGCGGCACCUCUCGCGGCGUCAAAAUUGGCGUCAGUGUUGGCGUCAUCGUCGGCGCCCUCCUCAUCGCCGCUUUGCUCGGUCUCUUCCUCAUGUCCCGCCGCCGCCGGGCCAGGACCGCAGCAGCAGCCGCAGCCGGGUCCUCGGCACCCGCCUACGAUAACCCCCCUCCCGCAACCUAUUACCCCUACGGCUAUCAAACUCCAGAAGCAGAGCGGCCUCCCGUGCCCGAGAAACCGUACGUUCAGCGUCAAGAGCUCGACUCGGAGACGCCACAAUACGAACUUCCCGACAGCCCGCCCGCCGAACUCGCCGGGUCGCGAUUCAGCCAGCCCACGACGAAGCUACUGCGGGACUGAAGCCACCCCCAAGCUUCGACACCAGCAAAGAUGCUUUGCUCAAUAUUCUUUUGCCAAGAUUUAAUAUCUAGUACCUGAACUCUGUCCACCCCUGGUGAUUGGGAACGCGGCGGCGUUGUUGUAUAUGUUGUAUACCAUACGAGGGAUGAAAAUUCGAUACCUGGCGUUCUUCCAUUUAUUUUCUUUCUUUGUGAGGCGCGCAGGUCAGGCGUCUGGAACGUGGUGUGAGAAUUUGUCAUCAUCCACCGGAGGGAUUGGAGAGCUUGGUCUAGAUAUAUACUCAGAUGUGAAAUAUAUACAAACAUCAUGGCAACUUGACCUGUCCCUCUUGCAGUGCGACUCCGUGUGUCUG